AUGUCUCCAAUUAAAUAUUAUUCAACAUUAGGAUAUUAUGCUGUUCACAUUGGACAUAAUGGAAAACCCAGAGCUAUUGCAAGUAUUGGAGUAUUUUUUACAGAUAAUGAUCAAUGUAAUUUAUCAGAAAGAUUACCUGGUUUACGACAAACAAAUAAUCGAGCAGAGCUAUUUGCUGUGAUAAGAGCAUUAGAAAUAUGUGACAGGAAUCAGGAUAUAACUAUCAAUACUGAUA